AUGCCAUCUCAACCCGAAUUAACCCAACGAGGGCCAAAUUACGAUCCCGUCGAAAUCCAGAUCAGCAAUUUCAACAUGAAAACAGAAGAAUACGAACGUCGCGCAAAAGCUAGCCUGGCCGCCGAAAGUCAGCCUGGCCAUCCCAGUCCUCAUCCUUCCGAAACAGGUGCUUCGGGUGACACUGUGGCGAUCAAGGUCGAGGAGGAAGACAGCCCCACCGCAGAUCCACCUGAAGACGAUUGUUUAGUUUUAGCGUUAUGUUCAACAGAUUACACCUUGCCUGAUCAGUCAAAUCGACUCACCAUCAAUUAUUUGACCCUACGGCGUUUGAUCCGGCUGCGCUCGUUGUGGGAUUACCUAACGUUCGCUGGGUUGGAUGAGGAUCAGGUCGACGCGGUGGUGCCAAUACUGAAGGGCCAAUGUGUAACCAACUGGGACUUGUUCCUAUUCCCUAAAUAUAUCAGCGAGGAACGAUUGGGUAGUUGGGGGAUACCUUACGGAAUUUGUGUGCGGCUCGUGGUACAUGCUGAGAUGUUUUAUCGUUACCUUGCGAUGCAUUAUCCGUGA